CUAAAACUCGUUUCGCUCUCCCCACAUUCGAAAAACUCUUAUCUUUCUUCUGUAAACAGAGCAAGCGAUUCCGAUGGCUGCCACGUCAUCUCCGCCGUGUCAUAUCUCAGUCUCCUUACUCCGUCAUCUUCCUCCUUGUACCACCGUUCAAUUCUUCGGUUUCUUACCGACGGUUGGUACCCAACAUAACCGGGGCCGGUUAACGGUUACCCGGAAUAAUCUAGCGCAGGAUUUUCUAGGAGAUUUUGGAGCUCGUGACCCUUACCCGGAGGAGAUAGCGAGUCAGUUCGGAGAUAAAGUGUUGGGGAACCAAAGCACUGAGCAUAAGAUUCUGAUUCCUAACGCCUCUGUUCUCUCCCUCUCGCAGCUUCAGUGCUCCCCUGUUUCGCCUUCUCAGGCUCCUUUAUCCGCCGAUGAUGCCAAAACGCUUCUCCAUAAGGUUUUGGGAUGGAGUAUAGUGGAGGAUGAAGCAGGUGGUCUGAAAAUUAGAUGCAUGUGGAAAGUGAGGGAUUAUGGGUGUGGUGUUGAACUUAUAAAUCGGAUCCAUAAGGUUGCUGAAGCUUCUGGUCAUUACCCUUCUCUCCAUUUGGAAAAUCCUACACAAGUUAGAGCUGAACUAUCUACUUCUUCCAUUGGAGGGUUAAGCAUGAACGAUUUUAUAAUGGCGGCAAAAAUAGAUGACAUCAAGACUUCUGAUCUUUCCCCUAGGAAAAGAGUUUGGGCAUGACAAUCUUGGUUUCUUUUCUUUUUUGUUUUGUUAUUUUGUCGGGAUAACGAUAUUUCAUUAUUUUGUAACAUUUUUGUUUGAUUAUGUAUAAUGUUCAUGAUGGAUUCUUAAUUGUGUAUGGUUUGGUAUUCAUGUCAAGUUAUAUAUAUAGAAGCUUAUGUAUCCAUCAUCAUCUUGUAAAGCAUUUUAGCAUCAGAAGUAUAUCGAGAUCUAACAUCUUAUAUAAAGAUCAAA